AUGGCUCUUGUGGAACCAUCACUAGGCAGCGGCAUUGUCCGCACUGUUCGGAUUGUCGAUCCACCAACACCCUCUGAAUUGCAGCGCAGAAAAGAAGCGGGUUGUCUGCCAUACCCAAGCCGCCUCGCCUAUCGUCUCAUCGUCAUACCCACCAGUGAAAGUGAUAGUGCAUUUGUCUCUUAUGAAGACUAUCCAGGAACGAAGGGGACAGGGCGUGCGAACGCGAGAGACCAGUAUCGGCAGGCACGAUACGGUGAACUGCUUCGUAGUCAUCACGUCCCUAUAGUACCUUUUAUGACCUUCCCUAACCAGAAAGAACAGGAACAAUAUCGAGGGAGUAUGGGAAAAGCAGGAGGAAUACCUUCCGCGGAAGAACUCUUAGCAUAUCGGAGACGGUUACGGUUUAAAAUGCGUGAUGAAGAUUACGUCAUGUGUUGGGGAUUCCAUCCUUCACCUGGUCAGUAUUACUACAAACCUGGACACGGCAUUAAUGUGAUGCCACGACCGAUUGUACAACUCCAACGUAUGUAUACCCGUGAUGUGGAACCGGCUCCAGCAUGUUCAAUUGCAGUUUCAGAAGAAAAAUUAACUAUUGCUCCUAUCUAG